CAAAAACUAGACGCAAGUUCUGCUUCUUCAACUAACGCUCUAUAUAAAUAUAAAAGUAAAUAAUAUGCUAUCGUUUUCUCCACUGUACUGUACUUCCCUCUCUGGUUUAUAAUCAUCAUCAGACUUCAAAGGGGUUUGUACUAUAAGCACAGAGGCAAAAGUGAUUAGUAUUUCAACUUGAGCCAACACUUUCAAGAUGGCUAUCACCAAGGUCUACAUUGUGUAUUACUCAUUGUAUGGUCAUGUGGACACUAUGGCAAGAGAAGUACACAGAGGGGCAGCUUCAGUUGAUGGUGUAGAAGCAACACUCUGGAGGGUACCUGAGAUGCUUUCGGAUAGAAUAUUGGAAAAGAUGAAGGCCCCUCCUAAACCAAAUGAUGUAGCAGAUAUUAGGCCAGAACAACUUCUGGAGGCUGAUGGUUUUAUAUUUGGUUUUCCUUCUCGUUUUGGCAUGAUGCCAAGCCAGUUCAAGGCCUUAUUUGAAGCCACUGAUGAGCUUUGGGCAUCUCAAGCAUUGGCUGGCAAACCUGCUGGAAUCUUCUGGAGUACUGGUUUUCAUGGGGGAGGCCAGGAACUUUCAGCAUUGACAGCUAUAACUCAAUUAGCUCAUCAUGGUAUGCUUUUCGUUCCCCUUGGAUACACCUUUGGAAGUGGCAUGUUUGAGAUGGAUGAGGUAAAAGGAGGCUCAGCAUAUGGUGCUGGAACUUUUGCAGGAGAUGGAACUCGUCAACCUACAGAGCUAGAACUGCAGCAGGCCUUUUACCAGGGUAAAUAUAUUGCUGAAAUAACAAGGAAGCUGAAAAGCUAACCUUUUUCUGUAUAAAAAAUACAUAACAAGAUAUCUAUGAAGUGCUACAUUGUUAAAUGUUAAGAACUUUUUAUUGUACUUGCUCAAGGAUUACUUUUACUUAAAAGACACAGAUAGAAAGGCUUGUUGCUAUC